AUGGCAAACGAUUCAACCCCUACAAGCACAGCCGCAGGCGGAGCAGCGAAUACCCCCGCGGCGGAAUCGAAUGUCUCCGCAAAUACGCCCAUGCGACCUGGAGGCGCGCCGGCUCGUGUGUACAUGAACGAGAAGAUCGUCCCGUAUCUCUUGGAAGGGAUGAAGAAUGUUACGAAGGAACAACCUCCCAAUCCUCUGCGCGUGCUGGGCGAAUUCCUCAUUCAGAAGAGUAAUGAGGUGGAAGGUGCACCGUCC